AUGGCUUCAGCACACGGAGAUCUACGGCAUCUACUGCCCGGCAACUACAAACGCCACAUAACCGCCUGGCUCGAAGAAGACUGUCCCAGUCUCGACUAUGGCGGUUUCGUAGUCGGCGAGUCAGAAGGCGAAGCCCGACUCCUCGGCAAGAGCAAGGCUGCACGUAUGCCAACACCCCCCUUCCCUACCUUUCUACUGCACUUGCAUGCAGAGGCAGAGGCAGUGCACGGCCAGGCUAACGCAGACAGAAUCGAAUGGCAUAUCCAAGAAGGUGAAGCGAUAACGCCGAUCCAGCACUGCGCCACUGUGCGCGGACCAAUUCGCAAGAUCCUUCUCGGCGAGCGGGUAGCAUUGAACAUUCUAGCGCGAUGCUCGGGGAUCGCUAGUAAGAGUGCAUCGAUGCUAUCCGCGCUACGUGCGCAAGGAUGGCAGGGAAUCUUAGCAGGCACACGCAAGACGACGCCUGGGUUCCGACUUGUUGAGAAGUACGGGAUGUUAGCGGGCGGAGCGGAUCCGCACCGACAUGAUCUCAGUUCUAUGACGAUGUUGAAGGAUAACCAUGUGUGGGCGUGUGCGAAUAAUCGGGCGGCUGGGGAUGGGGGAGAGGCAGGAACGAAGAUUGAGAGUGUUGCGGGGGCGAUACCGCGGGCGGUGCAUGCGGCCAAGGCGACAGGGGGAUUUUCGACGAAGGUGGAGGUUGAGUGUCGGAGUGUUGAGGAGGCCAAUGCGGCGAUUGGGGCGGGGGCCGAUGUGAUUAUGUUGGAUAACUUUACGGCGGACGGGGUGCGGGCUGCUGCCAAGGAGUUGAAGACGGAGUGGGCGAGUAAGAAGGCCUUUUUGAUUGAAGUGAGUGGAGGCUUGACUGAGGAGAAUGCUCCGUCGUAUGUCUGUGAGGAUGUGGAUAUUCUCUCUACGAGCUCGAUUCACCAGGGGACGGGGAUCGUGGACUUCUCGCUCAAGGUCUCAUUGCGAUAG